AUGGUGGCCAUCCGAUCAACUACUCUGUUCGUUUUCGUCGGCUCGGUAUGGUCCUGGGAUACGUCCAAGGAUAUAACCUCUGCACAGCAGGUCCAGAGUCGUGUCGAUGACUUGCAGCGCGCUCUCGAUAUCCAUGUCAACAAGGAGAAUCCACCCUAUCAGUUUGCCGACAUCACCAACGAGCCCGUCUGCCCUUCCAUGAUCACGAGCUGCAAGACCGUGUACUUUCGGAAUGUGAGCUGGUUGGAAAGCAUCGGAAAUGCGACUAUUCGUGCAACCGCCAAUGUCGACGCCGACCUUGAAACCAGACACGAUGGCGGCACGCACAUGGCCGACAAGGUCACUACCAAGACAUCGACGAUGCUUACAAGUACCACCACAAAGGGAUGGAAGGUUGGAUUGAAGCUAUCCCCAGCCACAUCCAUCUUGGGUCUGAACGGCGAUGUCUCGGGCGAGUACAACGAGCAGUAUGCCGAGGCCAAGGCAACCACUGUCGAGCGUUCAGUGGAGAAGUCCUGCCCGCCAAAUAUGCGCUGCACCAUUCAGACAAUUACAUACGAGGCCAAAAUGCCUGGAAACUGCUUUGUCUAUCCCAUCAUUGACUGUGGUGGUGGAUAUGAUGCCUGCGGAACCUUCUCGACGACCCCCAUUGCCGAGAAGUACCCCGUCACCGACAUCCUCGACACCUUCUUCGGGCCUUGCGCGCAGUUCUCCGACUUUGGCAACAAGGAAUGCCAGAGAGACUUGACCAAGACAACUCCAUGCGAGAUCACGGUGCCUAUUCUUGAUAAUGCGGGCAAGCCAUAUUCGCACAUGAUCACGACUCAGGAGAAGCUUCAAAAUGUCGCUGCCCGUGACACCAAGAAGAGUCUUGUGGGCCUUCAGGAAGAUCCCAAGGACGCUGGACAGCCGCCGGUAGAUCUAGUUGUUGAGUUCGUUGACGAUAUCUGA